UGGAAACAGGAAGAGGAGGAGAGGGGAAGAAAGGAGACAGAGGAGAGGAUCGGGUGAGACAAGGUGGCGAGGAGUGAAAGGGAGGAAAAGGGGAGCAGAGGGGCGUGUGGACCAAAGAGAACGAGGAGAAAAAAAAGAGAGCUUGCAGAGGAUGAGCAUGUCUAUUUAAAGGGAUCUGAAGCUGCACGGGUCUGCUGUCUUUCUAUUCCUGACCGACUACAUCAUUGAAUUUGGACCAGAAAGUCUGUCUCCCCCUUUUCUCUCAGUGCUCAUUGCAAGGUGUGAAGUGGAGGGCAUCCCAAACACGGACCAAGACUGGUAACCACUGUACUUUGUGCUGCAUGUAUCACCCAGCAGAGCUCUACUCUGGCCGUAACACAUGGGACUCCUAUCCAGCUGGAGGUCCUAACAGAGGACAAUGGGCUCCUGUAAACAGUCGCCCCUGGAGCCACACACAAAGAUGCCAGGAAGGGCGCAAUCAAUCACAUCAUUUACUUUCAAGUCGUCUUUAUAACAGGGGGGACAGGACAGUCAACCAUGUCCAGGACAAAGGUAUCUCAAAGGGGCACCGGCAGCAGCUUCGAAUUUGGGAUGCUAAGGAGCAGCCGUUUGAGGCGCAGAAUUGGCAUCACAACUCUAACCGUUCAUUCCACAACCGAGCUGGCACCAACAACAGUUAUCCAACGGGACCAGGGGAACGCUACACAAACUGGGACAACAAUGUCAACAACUCUGUGCACGGAGGUCCUCGCCUGCAUCGCAACAACAGGGAACUCCAGGCUCCACCAGAGAGAUGGGCCCCUUCAGACUGCAACAGGAGCUUUCCAGGAAGAAUGGUAAACAACAGAGCAGGACCCUGGAAACGGCCAGCCCACCACCAGCGACGAGAGCAACUACACCAUCACAGUCCACCCCCUCAGCACCCUUUAGCCCGAAGGGGUGAGUGUCCAGCUAAGAGGAGAAGAGACUCUGGCCCUGAUCAGCCAUCUCACCUUGGAUCAAGACAUUUACCUUUACUUGCCCAUGCCCCGUCACCACCACGCCACUCCCACUGUAGCCAUGAUGACUGGAAGCCUCUAAAUGACAGGGCAGGUCCUUGCCACCACUCUGACCACAGGACCUCAACAACACAGCAACAGGAAACCUCUAAACUGCGAGCUGGAGGACAUGGCUUCAGUACCCCAACACCUCCACAUCGAGGAAGCAGAGGGAAGGUCGACCGGAAAAUCUCAUCUUCACCAGCAGACCACACCCGUGUGCCUUACAGCCACCAAAAUCACCAUCACCACCAUCAGCGGCACACAGGCCACCCUAGACCCCCGCAGCACAACACCUUGCUCCAGCCUCUGGAGGGAACCGACUCACGGAGCCAUCACCACAAACAAAGCACAGAAACUCAGCGCAAUCAUCUAAGGGGAAAUUCAAGGGAUCCAGCCCUCUCCAAGUCAUCUGGUGUGGACUCUGCUCUCUAUUCAUCUCUCCACUGCAGUCCUAAAGAUGGAGGUUCUACUUCCAGCAGUCCUGGUGCUUUUCCCAGUCCAUCAUCAUACACAGUAGCCAGUGGCAGAAAAGACCCAUCAGGCAAUCAACAGUGUGCUCCCGGCCUCAGUGGACAGCAGAAAGCCCAAGUAAGCCCCGGUCAGACCCAGAGGCCCAGCCUCCCAUCUACCACAUCUCACGCUAGUUCUAAGUCCAGGCUUUCUGACCCCAAAUAUAGAAAGACCCCGCAGACCCUCUGCUCGCGACAGCCUCCUCACGACAGGCCGAGAGCAAACAAGGAUGAGCAGGAGCUGGAACAUAAAAAACCAGAGUACAAACUAAAAGAUAAGCCAGUGAAAAAUGAGAGAAAGGGUGAGGUUCUCAAGACUAAUAGAAACGGUGAGGAAAGAAAAAGGCGAAAGAAAAAAGAGGAAAAAAGGUUGGGCGAGAGGAAAAAGAAAAAAGAAAAAUCCACUAAAAAGGAAAAAAAAUUUGGCAUGACAGCGAAAGUCACAGAAAAGAAAAUGGCUCAUUCCAUCUCUACUUCAACCUUUCCAGGCGAAGCCAAAAUAACUAAAAUGGAGACUUCCUCAGAAAAUCAAUGCCACACGCCACCUAAACACAGGCACAGGGAGAGUGAACAAGCAGUGAGGACAUCACACAGGCCGUCCACAGAUUCUCUUCAUUCCAGUUGUGCUACACAAAAGCCAUGCUCCAAAUCUCAAAAUCACAGAAUGCCCAAAAAGAACAGCAGCUCCCUGAAACCCAAGGGUCAACGAGUACAGUCUGUCCCCAAGAAAACCAGCCCCAGUCAGACCAACAAGAAGCCCACCAUUGUCACAACCCAAUCAGAACGUGGACAAAAGACAAAACCUGAUGACACCCUCCGUUCUCUCCUAUUUAAAGCCUUGGCUCCUCUCAGUACAUCAUGUUCUGUUAGCUUAGAGAAGCCCAUCCAAGAAAAAGAAGGUGGACAGGGAGGGGUUCUCAAUGCCCCAGACCUUCAGCCUGUUGCUGUGCUGGGAAAUUUGAGGGAAAUGGGAGACAACCUUGCCAACACUCCUCCUGUACUCAGCUGGCAGGGCUCUCCAGUAUCCGUUCUGGGAGAAGAUGAGGAGCUAGAAAAAGGAGUGCUAAGUAGACCUGUCCUCCAGCCCAGCCCCACACAGUGCUUUUCACCUCCGCCUGUAGAAAGUGAAAGCAAUGAUGAUAUGGAUAAGGAGCCUUGUAAGGGAACACUUGAUGAUCAGUCACACGAUGAUGUAUCUAAUAUCUGCGAUGUACCCCAUACGACAAAACAAGUUUCUGAAAAAGAAAGUGACGAAGAGGUGGAUAGCAGCGGGGAAACAUCAAGCUCUCUACUUAAUGAGCUCCACCACCACAAAACAGGUUUGGACGAUGUUUUUAAGAGUUUGGUCACCUUCCUCGAAGGCCAGAGGGUGACAUGUCGAGGAGGUCCAUUCGGUGGGCUUGCUUCCAGUACCACAAGAGGAGUGAAAUAUUCUUCUUCUCUUGAGCUGGGGCCAGAGAUCCAGUGUCUUGAAAAUCCAGAUUUUUCCCCCAAAUCAGACCCCACAACAUCCCCGAAACCUGGUAAUCAGUCACCAGCCCACACUACCUCACACACAUCACUUUCAAAAUUCCCCAGUCAGACAGAUCGGAGUGAGUCUGUCACCAACACACCAGUGUUGGAAAAGCAGGAACAAACUGAGAGUGAUAUAAAACAGAAGCAAGGGGACAAUGAAACAGAGACCCUGCCAGAGAGAACAGAAUCGUCUCUCUUGGAUGGGUCACUGAGUGCAGAGCUGAGACUGACCACGACGCAUACAGCCUCUUUCACCAGCCUCAUUACCGUCUCUACCAAGGAAGAGAGAGGAAACAGCAAAGAGACAGAACACGCGGGUACAGAGAAAAAGAGAAAACACAAGGCUAAGGAUGGAAGAAGAGAAGGAGAGAUCAAGGUUAAGAUCAAGACAGAAGAAAGCAAGGGCAUCCGUUCUAAAACAAAGGAAAAUGAAAUAAAGGAUUUGGAAGAGAGGGAUAUUUCAUCUGCAGCCAUCUCCAGAAACACACCCAGACCUCUCAAAAACAGUACGAAGGGCCAGAUUGCUCAGGAAAAUCAAACCCAACGUGGCAAAGACACCCAGAGAGAAAAAUUGGACACCUGUAAAGCUGAUACAAAGAAAGCAACAGAGAAGAAGGAAAAGGCCAGUGAGGUACAAAAUAAGGCAACCUCAGCAACAGGAAAUCCAGACACCAAGACAUCAAACUCAAUAUCAGCUGUGACAAUAAGUACAUCCAAAACAGGUGCUCAGGCACCAUCAAGUAAACCCCCCAGCUCAACUCCAACUAAAGUGGACCCAUUGAAACUAAAAGCACUGUCCAUGGGCUUGUCUAAGGAGCUAAGGAUCCUCUUGAUUAAAGUCGAGAGUGCUGGAAGGCAAACAUUCAACAUAUCGGAGGUGGAGGAACAAAGGAUUCCACUUUCCAAAGUCAGCAUCAACAACUCGGCUACCGAAGUGAUCAGAGCAUGCAAGGGGACAAGGAUGAAGGGGAAGUUCAAGGAGUCAUACCUACUUCCCACCUUCUCUGUUAAACCCAACAUUGCCAUAAAGAUCCCCAUUCCUCGGGAGAAGCUGAACCCUCCCACACCAAGCAUCUAUUUGGAGAGCAAGAGGGACGCCUUUUCUCCGGUUCUGCUUCAGUUCUGCACUGAUCCCAAGAAUGCUGUGACGGUAAUCAGGGGCCUCGCUGGCUCCCUCCGCCUUAACCUUGGUCUGUUUUCCACUAAAUCUCUGGUGGAGGCCAAUUCAGACCAUGCAGUAGAAGUGAGGACUCAGGUUCAGCAGCCUGCUGACGAGAACUGGGAUCCAAGUGGCUCGGCACAGACGUGGCCGUGCGAAAGCAGCCGUUCACACACCACCAUUGCCAAAUACGCCCAGUACCAGGCCUCCAGCUUCCAGGAGAGUCUGCAGGACGAGAAGGAGAGUGAGAAUGAGGAAGAAGGAGAGCAGACCUCAGACUCAUCUGCCACCACAAAAUCCACUCUGGCAUUAGCCAACAGUAAAGGCAGUCUCACCUCAAUGAACAUGACAGCCAGUUCUUCUCCCGUCUCCAGCAAAGCCCACCCUGUUCACGACACCAGCACGCCCAGCUCAGAGCAGAAAGCAGGGGGAAAGAUCAUUAAAUUUGGCACCAACAUUGACCUCUCUGACCCUAAAAGGUGGAAGCCACAGCUGCAGGAGCUGCUCAAGCUGCCAGCUUUCAUGAGAGUGGAAUCAAGCAACAACAUGCUCAGUCAUGUCGGUCACACCAUCCUGGGCAUGAACACUGUCCAGCUCUACAUGAAGGUGCCAGGCAGCCGCACGCCAGGCCAUCAAGAAAACAACAAUUUCUGCUCCGUCAACAUUAAUAUCGGGCCUGGUGACUGUGAGUGGUUUGCUGUCCACGAACACUACUGGGAAGCCAUCAACAAAUUCUGCGAGAAGCAUGGAGUAGACUACCUUACAGGGUCUUGGUGGCCAGUCCUAGAAGACCUCUACAGCUCCAACAUCCCUGUGUACCGCUUCAUUCAGAGGCCAGGAGACCUGGUGUGGAUUAACGCAGGGACUGUACACUGGGUCCAGGCAGUGGGCUGGUGCAACAACAUCGCCUGGAACGUUGGACCACUCAACUCGUACCAAUAUCAACUGGCCUUGGAGCGCUUCGAGUGGAACGAGGUGAAGAAGGUUAAGUCCAUCGUCCCCAUGAUCCACGUCACCUGGAACGUGGCGCGCACCAUCAAAAUCACAGAUCAGGAUACUUUCAAGAUGAUCAAACACUGCCUGAUGCAGUCCAUCAAGCACAUCCAGAUUCUGAGAGACCAGCUGGUGGCUGCAGGGAAGAAAAUCUGUUACCAGAGCCGCGUGAAGGACGAGCCGGCCUACUAUUGCAAUGAUUGUGAUGUGGAGGUGUUUGACCUGCUGUUUGUGACCAGUGAGAACAGCAGUAAGAAGACCUAUGUGGUGCACUGUGAGGACUGCGCCCGAGCUAAGAGCCCGUUGCUGGCAGGGGUAGUGGUGCUGGAACAGUAUCGAGUAGAGGACUUGAUGAGGACCUACGACACCUUUGUGCUGACCCCAUCGCCCUUCUCAAAGUGAGGACUCCUCCGCGGUGUCUUUCAGCCAUAAACCAAAACUCUAACGGCAGCACAAAUGUUGUCUACAAGGCAGUCUGUUCCUGCAAACACUUUCUCAAUCAGCCAAUCACGUUUACUCAGUAUUGUUUACAUCACACAAUAAGGUAUGGACACUCAGCCAAUCCAACAAUAGCUCACUGUCUUCCCCAUACCAGCUGCUGAUUGGACGUGUGUUUUGAAAUAGAAUGACUAGACUGGUUCUUCUCAUGAAAAGCAUUUCAGAAAAAAGAAAACAAUGUGAGCACUGCUAGCACUGAAAAUCAGGUUAUAUAUGUUCAACGGACACUGCUGUGAUUCAAAAGCGUCAAGUAGCCGGUUCUGUGUAUUGAUUCAGGUACUUUUAUGCAAAUUCAGUAGAACUUUUUUACACCAAUCUAGUUAUUCUAUAUGUCCAUGAAUUUGCUGUGAUCCUAUCGUACCAGCAGGGGAAUUGCUUCACAGGAGAAGUAGCUGAUUGUCACAUUUGGCAUCGUAUUGGUUCUUGUUUUUGUUUGGUAUUCAGGUAAACUUUUGACAUUUGUUAUUCCUGUCUGUAAACUCUUUGAGGUGCUAUUCCAAUCUUAUUUAUUCUCGUUAGAUACUUAAAAUGUUUUACCAGCCUAGAAGUACACCACAUUGGCCUUGUGAACUGUAUUUAGAGGAGAAGUAAUUGGAGCAUUAAACACACAUAAAUAAGGUUUUAUGUAAGUAUUAAAAAAGAAAUAAAUCAGCAAUUUUUGUCAGUUUCUCUAAAAUACGGGUUUACUAGAGGACUAAUAUGGUUUCAUUCUUAGUUGGAAAUCAAGUGUGUAGAGAGAAAAUUGGAAGAAAAAAAUAGUUUACUUUUUCAAAAGCCCAGCUAAACGGUGGUUGGUGUGGUUUCUAUGAUACGCCGGAAAAACAGACAUACUGUCGUUUUUAUUUUUGGAAUGGGCAAACAGUCCCAGUUUUAUACCUCUUUUGUUGAAAAUAAAACAAAGAAUUGUAAAUUGUGAAUGGAUUUAUGGAAUACACAGUGGUGUGCAUAGAUGGGGUGCAGAGAGAGAGACAGAGAGAGAGAGAGAUUAAAAGGGGGUGAGUCACUAUUGAUGUUUGUGUCAAUGAAGUGCCCAAAAAAUAAUAUGUCCAAAGAGACACACAAUCAUAAUCUUAUAAUGCAAAAACCAGUGAGGCCAAGCAGAUGCGCAGGCUGCAGGGCAUUUCACAGUCCGACCCCAACCAUCCGUCCUGAUGAGGUUCAGCUCCGUGCACUGCCACAAUAUUGAAUUCGUUCGAGCUGAACCCUAGCAUGCGGAAAAACCGAUGACCUGAAAUAUUUCAUGAAAGGCCCAGGUGCCAUUGUUUUGGUCAUUCUGCUGUGUUUUGCAUUUCCCUUUUAAUUUCAGUUACAAACAGGAGCAAUGCAAGGAUGACAACCUAGAACGUGACCGAUGCUAAUUGUGAUUGUUUUGGAGAAUUUAAAAUUUGGUCUAAUGCCAUAGUGACCAGUUUUAUUAAACGUCUAACAUAAACAAGGUUGGCACAGACCCCUUAGAUCAUUUGUUUAUUCAGGUGUUUUAGGAACUGUGAUCAUAGACUGUAUUUAAAAGGUGGACGUAGCCUCUGACUCUGAAAAGUGAAGCCAUUGCACCGGUACCUUAAACUGCAAUACCAGUGGUGGUCACUAGGUGCUCCACUAGAGUCCCUUUGAAAAUCUUUUUUUCUUCUGAGAGUCAGUCAGUCUUUCCCAUUUCAUUAGUUUAAUUUCACUUCAUCUGAUCAGUGUGCUGGAAAUCUUUUAAAAAUAAUUUCAUACUUAAGAAGAUGGGUCAUAGUCACCAGGUGUGGUUCUCAGUUUGAUCAACCCCUUGCUCCUCCCCACCUCCUCCCUCUCAUCCAGAUGUAGUUAAUUGGGGCCAAAAAAAAAAAACAAAACAAAAAAAAAAACAGGAUUGCUAUGGACAAAUGCAAAACUGAAGUGGAAGGCCACAAUCUUUGAUUUACAGUCUAUGAUGAUGAUGAUUAUGACGAUUAUACAUACUUAGCAUUUUACUUGUCGGUGCACUGUUUCUAAAUGACUUCAGAUGUUAUUUGGCAUAUCUGUGCCGUGCAGUUUCUACAGCAGCAAUCCACACACAAUGUCACAAUGUACACAACACACAAUCACUCACCGCACUGGACUGUAUUCACAUCUUGUUGGACUGCUUUCGAAUUUCAAUGGAGGCUUGGUAAUCCCAAUAAAAUCGACACAGAUUUGAGAUCACAGCUCUGCCCUCAUCAGUCUGUGCACACCAUCUCAUGUACAUAAUAUAUCUGUUUUUGAGGUUUACUAGAAAACUUAUGUAGUUUUGUUCUCAAUCAGCAAUCUAAGUUGUAUAUGGUCAAAUUUGUCCACCUCAGUCAUUUGUUGUUGUUUUUUUUGUUCUUUGUUUUUUUGUUGUUGCUAUAUUAUAAUAGACCCUAAAAAAUACCCAGUUUCACUCUGAAUUACUGCAAUGGGAAUUUAUUCCUACUUUUAUACCUCUUUUUGUUGUCAGUUUCUGUUUUUUUGGAUUACGGAGAAAAUGGAAAAUUGUAAAUUGUGACAUUAUUUAUACUGUACAUGGUUGUUUUCUUAUAUAUUUAUUGCAUAUCAAAGGAUACUUCACUCGAUGAGGGGCUACAAGGUAUUUUAAAAAUGUAGUAUGGUCAUAUUGUGUGGAUAGGGGAAGUGCAAUCAGGGGGCGGUUUAAUUCUCAUGGUGCUAGACCUCUCCUUGCCUCAGUGCCCCCUCAUUAAGCAGCAUAUAAUGAUGUAUGAACAUAAGUCGGUGAUACAACUCAAACCAUUUGGUGCUUAGAACCAUUUCAACACAGUUGACUGGGAACAGAAAUGGAAUGAUGUCUUUGUACUGUAUGUAACAGAUGAAUACAAGAUCUUUUUUAACCUUUUUUUCCAUUGUAUGAAAUUCAUAAUCUUGUGAGGCAUUAGUGGUUUUCUGAUGAGCAUUAGCAGUAGUUGUAAUUCCUGACACUUUUGCAGAGACUUUUAGGGAUGUGACUUUUAAUGGCGUCGAGGUUUUUUGUGUGUUGUCCUCAUUAUUAGUAUUAUUUGGAGGAUGUAAUGAUGCUCUUAUUUCCCCUCUUGUUUGAGUUAUGCUGCACUUAUUGUUUCAAAAAGAACUCACAUAGAAGAAAACCUGAGCCAGACCUGUCUUAAAUCCCUCUGUGAUUUUUCUGUGACAUAUUGUAUUGUUGUUCAAGGAAAUAAAAUGUUUUGAUAAAUUA